CUCGUCGGCACGUCGGUGCGCAUAUAGGUUUUUCUCUUUUAUCCGCCACAUAUCCUUGCGCACGUACGAGCAGGACGUGCAGGGCGUCCGUGGAUCCUGCGAGUGUCGCGAGCUCUAAAACGCAAUCCCCUUCGUAAAAGGUUCGUGUCAGGACGACGAUAUCCUAUCGUCUGCGCAAAAGAGGUAGCAAUUGGUUCUUUUUUUGUAAUACGCUAUUUACUCCUAUCGUUUCAAACAAGGAUACGGUUCUCGGUUCGAUUGACCAUGCGUGAGAGCAUAUUCCAGCGCUAGGUGCAAACAUCCUUUUGUGUUUUUUUACAAUUGUAAUCCCAAAAAAAAAAAAACUGCGAAACAUUCAACCAUUCAUGAAUGAUUUGUCCAAAUUGUCCAAAUUGUCUAACUAUCUUCUACAUCGCAAGUAUUACUACAUUAAACCAACGUAUUUUUAAAUUUUCUUAAAUGAAGCUUCCGAUAAAACAAUUUAGUGUUUCUAUAGACUUUUACGAUGAUGAUGGUUUAGGAUUAUGUUUAAGUUCAAGGAUUUUGGGAACUACGGGAAAGCAUUUUGAUGAGGUUAAUUGAGUUGUCAAAUCACAUAGACAACCAUGUAGUGCGGUUGACGAUAUUUUAGUGUUAUCGCUUGAUAACGAUCAUGUUCAUCAAAAAAGCAAAAAUUAUCCACUGUCUGUAGAAAUCAAAUUCCAUUUCUAGAGCACUUCCUCAUUUCGGGCUGUUUGAUUCGAAAUCAGUUUUUGUCAAUUUCGAACAUCGAGCCGUCUGCGUCUAUACGCCCGGUUGGCGAGUUUAUUUCUUGGCCAUAUUUAUCAAAACAAAAGAGUGUGUUUGCGGUGGGUGCAUGUGAGAAAAACAGGUGAAAAUUAUCCGCAUCGCUGACUGAAACCAUUAAUCUAGGACGAGCAAUGAAUUUUCUGCGGCAAACAUUCAAUCUGACAAAGUCUAUCGCCGGCGAAGCGAUCUCCUCGUUUCUGCAGCGCAGCACCAUGGCCACCCUCAACCAGAUGCACCGAACGGGGCCCCACUUUAAGGUGCGACCGCCCCGCCAACCACUGGACGGGAAACCGUUCGCGAAGGGCGUCGUGCUGAAGACGCUGAUCAAGAAGCCGAAGAAGCCCAACUCCGCCAACCGCAAGUGUGUGCUGGUGCGGCUGUCGACCGGCAAGGAGCUGGUAGCGUACAUACCCGGCAUUGGGCACAAUCUGCAGGAGCAUAACAUCGUGCUGGUGCGCGUGGGCCGCUGUCAGGAUUUGCCCGGCGUGAAGAUUAAGUGCGUCCGCGGCAAGUACGAUCUGCCGCACGUGAUCAAGCAGAAGUAGUUGUGCUGCACUGCGGCGCCAGUAUGCUUUUGAUUGCUGUAGGCGAGUUAGGCGAGUGACCUCUAGUUACUCGCGCGAAGCUGUCGUUAGAAGAGAAGAGGUUAACUGCCACGCUGUAAAAUAAAUCCUGGAAGGAUUCCGGCAUAGCAUUACUACUACACCA